GCCCCAGCUGUCUCCAACCACGUGGAUCGCUCACAACAACAACAACAUGUUAAGUCCUGUCCUCUCAGAUGCAACCAUCCCACCCCCACUAAUAAAACUCCGUGCGCCGUCCUCGCCGCGUCUCUCCCUGGCCCCGCACCGCGCUGCUGUGCAGCACCUCUCCAUCGCGUCGGAUCAUUAGACUACCGAAGGAGGGGCCGUUCGGAUGACGGUCCCGGGGAGGGGAGGGUACGAGAGGCGGGACCAAAGUCUUCCCCGCUUCUCGGCGCUGGCGAGUCCGGGACUAGGGCUGGAGAGAUCGCCGGGGAGCAUCGUCACCACUCCUGCACGGAGCCUCGCCUGGCCGAAUACUGCACAGUGCACACGUCGGGAUUGCAAAACAUUCCUGAGAAAUAUACCUGCUAUUUAUGGCAUGUGGCUGGUAACUUUACUCCUGCUGUAUUCUUUUCAAAAAGUGCACAGCGAGGAUGUGGUCUCGACGCGGCUGUACUUUGUGAAUGCUUCCCUGCAGAGAGUGACCUUCUCCAGCUCAGUGGGGGUGUCCCUGCCCUGUCCUGCGGGUGGCGCCCCCCAUGCCGUCCUCCGUUGGUACCUGGCCACCGGCGACGACAUCUACGACGUGCCACACAUCCGCCACGUUCACGCCAACGGCACGCUGCAGCUCUAUCCCUUCUCCCCCUCUGCCUUCAACAGCUUCAUUCAUGAUAAUGACUACUUCUGCACUGCUGAGAACCAGGCCGGCAAGAUCCGCAGCCCCAGCAUCCAUGUCAAAGCAGUGUUCAGGGAGCCCUACACGGUUCGCGUGGCGGACCAGAGGUCCAUGCGGGGCAACGUGGCCGUCUUCAAGUGCCUCAUCCCCUCUGCUGUGCAGGAGUACGUCAGUGUGGUGUCCUGGGAGAAGGACACCGUCUCCAUCGUCCCAGGUAACAGGUUCUUCCUGACGUCAUAUGGUGCCCUCUACAUAUCUGACGUUCAGAAAGAGGACGCUCUCUCCACCUACCGCUGCAUCACUAAGCACAAAUACAGCGGAGAAACCAGGCAGAGCAAUGGAGCUCGUCUGUCUGUGCUAGACCCCAAUGAAUCUACGCCCUCUGUGAUGGACAGUUUCCAGUCAGGGGAGGUGCAGGUGGGCCGUAGCAUUGAGCUGCCCUGUAUCGCCUCUGGUUACCCAAACCCCACCAUCCGCUGGUUAAAAGACGGGAGGCCGCUGCCCGCUGACUCCCGCUGGACGCGGCGCCUGACCGGGCUUACAAUCAGUGACCUUCGCCUGGAAGACUCGGGAAAUUACAUCUGUGAAGUCACCAACAGCUUCGGCUCCAAAGAGGUCACGGGACACCUUAACGUUAUAGAACCUCUAAGAGUCACGCUAUCACCCAAGAACCUGAAGACGGGCAUCAGCAGCACAGUGAUUCUGUCCUGUGCCGUGCAGGGCUCGCCCCACUUCACUGUCUCGUGGUUUCGCAACACAGAACCCAUUGUGCCUGACCAGCACUUCUCCAUCCAGGGAAUCCACAACGAGACACUCUUUAUCACAGCAGCCCAGAAGAGACACUCAGGGGCGUAUCAGUGUUUCGCCACCCGUAAGGGUCAGACCGCCCAAGACUUCUCCAUCAUAUUGUUGGAGGACGGCACCCCACGGAUCGUCUCUUCCUUCAGCGAGCGCGUGGUUGCUCCCGGCGAGCCUUUCUCUCUAAUGUGCGCGGCCAAAGGUGCUCCACCCCCCACCAUUACCUGGACGUUGGAUGACGAGCCGGUAGCGCGGGACUCGGCGCACCGGGCCAGCCAGUACACGCUCUCCGACGGCUCCACUGUCUCGCACGUCAACGUCACCAACCCGCAGAUCCGCGACGGGGGCGUGUACCGCUGCGCCGCACGCAACUCGGCCGGUAGCGCCGAGUACCAAGCGCGCAUAAACGUAAGAGGUUCUCCAAGUAUCCGUGCCAUGCGGAACAUCACAGCCGUGGCCGGUCGCAACACCUUCAUAAACUGUCGUGUGAUCGGCUACCCGUAUUACUCUAUCAAGUGGUAUAAAGAAGGAAUGCUGUUGCCAGACAACCAUCGUCAGGUGGUGUACGAAAACGGCACUCUAAAACUGAGCGAUGUGCAGAAGGGUAUGGACGAAGGAGCGUAUCUGUGCAGCGUGCUCAUCCAACCCCAGCUCUCCAUCAGCCAGACCGUCCACGUCACUGUGAAAGUUCCACCGCUCAUCCAACCCUUCGACUUCCCUCCCACCUCCAUCGGCAAGCUGAUGUAUAUAGCGUGUGUGGUGUCGUCCGGAGACAUGCCGAUCCGGAUCACCUGGAGAAAGGACGGCCAGGAGAUUGUGUCAGGAACGUCCGGGGUCACCAUUGAGACCAAGGAAUUUAUGAGCUCCCUGCAGAUCUCCAAAGUCUCACUGAAGCACAAUGGAAACUACACCUGCAUUGCCAGCAAUGACGCGGCCACUGUCAGUUCAGAAAGACAGCUUAUAGUAACAGUACCUCCCCGUUUCCGGGUUCAACCCAACAACCAGGAUGGGAUCUAUGGCAAAUCGGAGGUCCUGAACUGCUCUGUGGAAGGAUACCCUCCACCCAAAGUUGUUUGGAAACAUGCCAAAGGUAUCGGGAACCCCCAGCAGUACCACCCGGUUCCACUUACGGGUCGCAUCCAGAUCUUGUCCAACGGUUCCCUGCUGAUUCGUCACGUACUGGAGGAGGAUCGAGGUUAUUACCUGUGCCAGGCCAGCAAUGGAGUGGGCUCUGACAUCAGCAAAAGCAUGAUGCUCACCGUAAAAAUUCCAGCCAUGAUCACAUCCCACCCGAACACCACCAUGGCCAUAAAGGGUCAGAACAAGGAGUUAAAUUGCACCGCCCGGGGCGAGUAUCCCAUCAUCAUCCGCUGGGAGCGGGGCGACACCGUCAUCGACCCCGACCGCAACCCUCGCUACUCCAUCACCACCAGCCCAAACGAGAAGAGCGAUGAAGUCAUCUCCACGCUGAAGCUGAAGCCAGCUGAGCGUGGGGACUCUGUGUUUUUCUCCUGCCAUGCCAUCAACUCAUACGGCGAGGGCCGUGGGCUUAUCCAGUUGACGGUGCAAGAACCCCCUGAUCCCCCGGAGCUGGAGGUCCGAGAGGUUAAAGAUCGCAGCAUGAACCUGAGGUGGACGCAGAGGUUCGACGGCAACAGCAUCAUAACCAGCUACGACAUCGAGUACAAGAACAAAUCUGACCCGUGGGAGCUGAAACACGCCACUCGUAAGAUCUCGCCCACCAACAACCAGGCCAACAUCGUGGAGCUUCACCCGGCGUCUGUGUACAGCAUCCGCAUGUACUCCUACAACAAAAUCGGUCGCAGUCAAGCCAGCAAAGAGCUGACCAUCAGUACAGAAGAAGCACCUCCUGAUGGGCCACCCAUGGAAGUGAUUCUACAGCCAAUGACAUCUCAGAGCAUCCGCGUCACCUGGAAGGCACCUAAGAAAGAGCUUCAGAACGGAGUGAUCCGUGGCUAUCAGAUCGGUUAUAGAGAGAACGGGCCGGGCAGCAAUGGCCAGUACAGCAUAGUAGAGAUGAAAGCCACAGGAGACAGCGAAGUUUACACCCUGGAUAACUUAAAAAAGUUUGCUCAAUAUGGUGUGGUGGUCCAGGCAUUUAACCGGGCUGGAACUGGGCCAUCUAGCUCUGAGAUCAAUGCCACUACACUUGAAGAUGUUCCCAGCCAGCCACCCCAGAAUGUGCGGGCCAUCACGGUGACGUCGGACGAGGCGGUGAUCACGUGGUCCGAGCCUCCGCGCAUGACCCUGAAUGGGGUUCUAAAGGGCUACCGUGUGGUGUUCUGGUCCCUCUACCCCGAUGGAGGUGGGUGCUGUGGGGGCCAGACACUGGGGCUCAACCAGAAAUGGGGCGAGAUGCAAAACAUCACCACCACUCGUGAGCAGGUGGAGCUGAAGGGUUUGGAGAAGUUCACCAACUACAGCGUUCAGGUUCUGGCCUACACCCAGGCAGGAGAUGGAGUCCGGAGUAACGUCCUGUACAUACAGACACGAGAAGACCACCCCGGUCCUCCAGCUGGCAUCAAAGCGGUGCCAUCCUCUGCCAGCAGUGUGGUGGUAUCUUGGCUUCCCCCCAUCAAGCCCAAUGGUAUCAUCCGCAAAUACACAAUCUACUGUUCCAGCCCUGGAUCAGGCCAACCGGCACCAAGUGAAUAUGAAGCCAACCCUGAGCUGUUGAUAUACCGAAUCACCCACCUGACCCGGGGUCAGCAGUACCUGAUCUGGGCGGCUGCUGUCACCACUGCCGGACGGGGAAACAUCAGCGAGAAGGUCACAGUGGAGCCUGCUGGCAAAGCUCCCGCUAAAAUCCUGUCAUUUGGGGGAACGGUGACCACUCCAUGGAUGAAGGAAGUCCGGCUGCCGUGCAGCUCGGUGGGAGAACCGACACCCACAAUCAAAUGGACCAAAGACAGUGAGGACACUGCCAUCCCGGUCACUCAGGAUGGUCACCGUAAUAUACUUUCCAACGGUACCCUGGUGCUGCGCUCUGUGAAAGCCGAGGAUUCUGGGUAUUACACCUGCACGGCCACAAACACGCUGGGGUUUGAUACAAUCAUCGUAAACCUGCUGGUGCAAGUGCCUCCAGAUCAACCUCGUCUGACAGUGUCCACAACCUCAACAUCUUCUAUUACUCUGGCCUGGAUACCAGGAGACAACGGAGGAAGCUCUAUCAGAGGUUUCGUGCUGCAGUAUUCAGUGGAUAACACUGAGGAAUGGAAAGAUGUUUUUAUUAGCUCCAGCGAAAGAUCCUUUAAGUUAGACAACCUGCGCUGUGGUACAUGGUACAAAGUCAAACUGGCAGCCAAAAACAGCGUGGGAGCCGGCCGCAUCAGCGAGAUCAUUGAAGCAAAGACUCACGGCCGAGAGCCACAGUUCAAUAAGGACCAACCUCUCUUUACCCACAUCAACUCCACACACGCCCGCCUCAACCUGCAGGGCUGGACGAGCGGCGGAUGUCCUAUCACCGCCGUCCUGCUCGACUUUCGGCCCAAAGGCACCUGGGCCUGGCAGAGCGUGCGCACCAACGCUUCAACCGACAUCUUUCUGGCCGAGCUGCGGGAAGCCACCUGGUACGAGCUGAAGAUGAAGGCGUGUAACAGCGCCGGCUGCGGCAACCAGAGCUCCCAGUUUGCCACGCUGGAUUACGAUGGCAGCACUAUACCUCCCAUUAAAUCAGCAAGAGGUGAAGGAGACGAUGUUAAAAAACUUUUCUCUAUCGGCUGCCCUGUCAUACUGGUGACUCUAGGCAUGGCUUUACUCUUCAUUAUCCGCAAGAAACGCAAAGAAAAGAGACUUAAGAGAUUAAGAGAUGCUAAGAGUUUGGCCGAGAUGCUUAUCAGCAGUAAGAACAAUCGAAGUUUUGACACUCCAGUAAAAGGCCCACCUCAGGGACCCCGCCUGCACAUAGAUAUCCCUCGUGUACAGCUGCUCAUCGAGGAUAAAGAGGGAAUCAAACAGAUAGGUGAAGACAAAGCCACCAUUCCUGUGACAGACACGGAGUUCAGCCAAUCAGUGAAUCCGCAGAGUUUCUGCACGGGCGUGUCUGUGCAUCACCCCGCCCUCAUACAGAACACAGGUCCUUUGAUUGACAUGUCGGACAUCAGACCAGGAACCAAUCCAGUGUCAAGGAAGAGCGUCAAGUCUGCACACAGCACAAGGAACCGAUAUUCCAGCCAAUGGACUCUUACCAAAUGCCAGGCGUCCACACCCGCUCGAACCCUCACCUCGGACUGGCGGACAGUGGGCUCCCAGCAUGGCAUAACGGUUACUGAGAGUGACAGCUACAGCGCCAGCCUCUCACAGGACACAGACAAGGGGCGUAACAGCAUGGUGUCUACUGAGAGCGCAUCCUCUACGUACGAGGAGCUGGCCCGCGCGUACGAACACGCCAAGCUGGAGGAACACCUGCAGCACGCUAAGUUUGAAAUCACCGAGUGCUUCAUUUCUGACAGCUCCUCUGAUCAGAUGACCACCGGCACCAAUGACAACGCGGACAGCAUGACCUCCAUGAGCACGCCGUCCGAACCGGGCAUCUGCCGCUUCACUGCCUCCCCGCCUAAACCGCAGGACUACGACCGGGGGAAGAACGUGGCAGUGCCCAUUCCACACCGGGCCAACAAAAGUGAGUACUGUAACCUCCCCCUCUACAUGAAGACGGACCCUUUCUUUCGGAAGCAGGCCGAGCUGCAUGACCCCUGCCCUGUUGUUCCACCCCGUGAGGCUUCCAUCCGAAGCCUCGCCGCCCGCGCCUACCACACGCAGGGCCGCCACAUGACAUUAGACCCCUCCAAGCAGCAGGCCCUGACGCUGGGCCACGGCGGCUUGAGCAGCCUGACCAGUUCAGGGGCCUCCGGUACGUCAGGCCCACCCUCGAGCGGGGCCGCUGGAAGCUCCAGCAUCAGCUCAGGCACGGCCACCUUGCCCCAGAGGACUCUAACCAUGCCCAGCACCUCCUCCACCUCGUCGGUCCCGAGCGGGGCCGCGGCUGCCGGAGCGGCGGCUAGCGGGGGCUCCACGGGUGGCGGCGGCCCGACGCCUGGCAGUUCCAAGGUCGGGGGAUCCAGGGACUCUCUGCUAGAGAGCAGUUCGUCCGGCCUGGGCAGACUGCAAAAGCAGAAUGCUGGGGCGUACUCCAAAUCCUACACGCUGGUGUAGUUCACACACACGUAUACGCAAACAGUACGUUCUCACGAACGCCUGGAGUCUGUCCGUCGCCGGGCACGGGCGUAACCGAACAUUGCCGGGACUUUUACAGCACAGGGGUCUUUCUCUCUUCCCGUUCUCUUCCUGUCUGACAUCUUUUCUUUGAGGCUUUGUUCACACUGCGUACAAAUCUGAUUUGGCUUACUAAAUCGCAAUUCUGAUAGGUUUGUUCAGAGUGUGCAGUUUACAUCCUUUCUCAAACAACAAUGAAAAGUAGCUUUUAAUGUAUAAAAGAGGUUGUGUCUAUCUUAAACUCACGAGUUGCAUGAGAGAACCCACAAACUCGAAUCGGUUUGCAAGCAUCAAUAUAUUUUGCAGUACAAUAAGUUGGAUACAUCAAACAAAUCAGAUUUUUGCAGCCUGUCUGAACAAAGCCAACUCGCUUUACUUUUUGAUCUUUCUCCUUCGCUCACCUUCCCGCCUUCUACCUGGAUUAAAUAUGCCAACCGCCCGGGAACCCUUUCCUUAAUUUUGCCUUCACGUUUUAUAUUUCGUUCUUUUCUUACCCCCUCCCUCUCUCGUUCUACUUCUCUUUCUGUCAACGACACCUUGGACCUUAUGCACGAAAUGCUUUCCAUGUGCACUCGCUCAUCUGAUUUCUUGAAAGGACAGGACAAAAGCAACGGUUAGAGAUAUAUCGUUUCACAUUAACCUGUCUAGAUGUUUUAAUGCUGUCAAAAGUGUCUCUUUAUUUUAUUUACGUCUCUCAUACCGCAACGCGUUGCCUCGGAAAGCUUAUGCAUAAAAGAAUCCACCACGGUGUCCGUCUUUCGCCCCUUCCGAUCGGUUUGGAAAAGACAAGCUCGAAGACUGCCUGUGUCGAGCCUUUGGGAUUUUUUCAUGCAAUUGAUACACAGUAUAGAGUGUUAUUGACUAUUUUGUAAACAAACAGGAAAACGUGUGGAAAAAAUGUCUGGAGCCAUUUUCACAGGAUGUAUGGUUACUGUACUUUUUUUUGGGUUUGCUUUUCUAUUUUUAAAAUGUUGAACUUUAGCACUACUGAGGGCCAGGUGGAUCCACUGAGCUUGUGUGAUUGUGUGGUGUGUGUGUGUGCACGUGUAUGUAUAUGUGUAGAUAUAUAUGUAUACGUGUGGAUAGCACACCUCGAAAUCAGGCCUGUGCGCUCGGGCUCUCCGCAUUGUGUAUCUCUAUGGAGAACAGAAAGAAAGUAAUGCCCAUCGUGUUACACAGUCUGUAAGAGAGUCCAGCUGAGAGAAGGGGGUGCAAGGAGAAUAAGACGAAUCUCCUUCCUUAAACUUCCUUAUAUAUGAAAGGCUUGUUUUGCUGUCUGUUCGUUUGUUUGGCUGUUUGUGUUUGAUGCCAUAUAUUUAUCACCCCUCCUCACCCCAAACCCAAACGUCACCAUUUCUUCUGUCUCACUGUGAACGCCUAACAGCCUCUCCUGGAUGGGCCGAGCGCAGGCAGAAAGGUGGGACAUGUAAGCGAGAUAGGGAGGAAGUAGAGGCAGAUAGAAACAAUGAGAGAGAGAGAAAGAAAGAAAGAGAGAGCGAUAUCUGCCGUCGCUGUGUAGCUUUUCCUGCGUUUGCUAAUCGUUUCUCUUUAUUCUUUGCUUUUCUUCCCCACACAAAGACUCUAGCGGUCGUUCCUAUUUAAAAGUCGUAGAGACUGUAGCUUUAGGUAGCGCAGGGGUGAACGAAAAAGGAACCGAGUGAAUGAGGCGGGGAGAGAAUUAGACACUUAGACGAAUCGAACGACCCUCCUUCGUUCGCUCGGUUCCCAAAGCAAAGCCCCAAGACAGAGAAACUUCCAAAAAUCAACAAACUCUCCCAAUGAUUUCAAUGGAAAAAGUACUACAUCAGGGCUCCUGCAAUACAAAAGAAAAGAAAAAAGAAAAUAUAUUGCAAUGUUUGUUGUCAAAAUAUAUACAUAUAUAUUUCUAUCUAAAGAUAUAGUAAAUAUAUACGUGGUGAGAGCAGAGAUUUAAUGCCAUAUCGGAUUGAAAAAGAAAAAUUUUAUUUUAAAAAAGAUUUGAAGACAAUCGCUCGGUGGGAGGUGCAGCAGUAAGCGAGAGGAGUCGAUCACGAACGGGUAACAAAACUUAAAAAGUUAAAAAUAACAGCGUAGAGUGUGUUGGUUUGUUUGACAGGCCGUCAUUGCUCCUGGGGAAACAUAUUAAGCCGGGUCUAGACUACACAAUAACAGCACGAUGUGGCACAAUCUGUGGUGAUUCGGAAACAUCGAUGUUCGUCAGGAUGCAACGAUACAGUAACACAUAAUUGACGACUACCGACGUCAAAUUUUUCUUUGGUCCUCCUCGACGGAAGUUCUUCUAUACGCAGUUUUCAAACAUGGCGAAACAAAAGAGAGAUGAUUGUAAUGGUGCUGCUACAUUAUGCACGGCAUCUACGGCAACAAUACUUCCGUCUUUAUGAUGUUUGUUUACGCUCUUGUUUUCAGAGCUCCGCCUUCUCAAUGACAUCACACAUGUGGUUGAAGGUAGCUAACGGUAGUGAUGGUCGCUUUUGAAGCACUGCAUGAAACUUUUACGAAUCUUUUGUUUCGAAUCAUUCGUUCAGAGCGUGUUUCAAAACUGGCCGUCACGUGAUUUUAGCAAACGAGGCUUCGUUGCGUCAUAACUGUUUCAAAACAUUUCGAAAUUUGAUGAUUCACCACUAGGGGAGUUGUAAAAAAGUGUAAAAUGUUUGGACAGAACUGCUUUUACACUGUUUUGACCAGCAGGUGUCGCCAGCGUGUGUGGUGUUUCGAACGCUUCGAAAAACUAAAUACAUUUUCGAAGCUUCAAAAAGCUUUGUUUCUCCCAUCACUAGCUAACGGUGUUUGGUCAUGUGUCUUUCCAAGAAUUUCAAAGUGAAGACACAUUUAACAGACAGAAAUAUUCUGUAGUUUGAACCCAGCAUUACGAGUUCCACCAACAGAGGCGCUGUCGUCCCAAACCAACACGGUUGCGAUCAGCCGAGCUGUAUAGCCCAACAUGCCUGUGUGGGGUCAAUUGCUCCGCAGAUGAGAAGGACAGCUGUAAUGCUGCGUUUACAGCAACCGCGUUUGAGGCGUCAAAAUCGCGUCUACCACACCUAGUUUGCCACUUGAACAGUUUGAAAGCAUGCAUUUGAUGCGUGUCAGAGGCAAAAUCCGCAUCUUGUGGGAAGGGCAAGUGCUAUGUGGUUGUCUGUUUGCAAGAUGGCUGAUGUUGAUUGUGCAUUUAUCGAAAGAGUUACCGGUUUGUAUUUGGUCACCUUACUAUAGGGGGAAAAUAAACAGUGCGGGUCGAUAAACGUCACGUGACUCAAAAGUGAAAUGUGUAUUUACAACUUACUAGGUUGCCCAAAGUCCUCACUGACACUCUUCCAAGCGAGGUCUUUUUUAUUCCUGUCUCUAUAGAAAUAAGAACUUGUGUCAUAUAGCUCCGGGUGACUGCUCACGGACAAUAUCAAGCGUUCCUUCAUGUUUAAUGAGUGACUCCGGGUGGGGCUGCCACCACAGCAGCAAGCAGGCUCCUGAUUGGUUAAUGCGCCGCGAAAAUCCGCCAAAGUUAAAAUUUAUCAACUCGGGCGUCAGCCGCAAAUUUGCACCAAACGCAAAAUGCACAAGACAGACGCUCAAUUCGUGCCAUUCACACGAACUAGAUUUGUGAAUGAGGCGGAAUUGCGUCUACCGCACCGCGCCAAACGGCUCAUCCGCGCCGCGAGACCUCCAGACGCGCGUCAACGCGUCUUCACAUUGACUUCACAGCGUCGCACUUGACGCCUCUACCGCGGCUGGUGUAAACGCAGCAUGAGAUAUUUAUGGACGUUCACUCUCGACAGUUGCAAUAGAACAAUAGAAAUUUUCCAACGCAACUCCAGCUUAUACGGAACUGCGGCACUUAGUGCCGUUUAGAUCCAUGUCUCUUCUGCCCAAUGAGUAGUUAAAAUACCCAUAGUGCUUUGUGAGCUUCUGGUCAGACCCUUAAGAUGUGAGUUCGCUUGAGCCUCCGAGCUUUCGGCACGACUGAUAGGUCAGAUAUAUAUCAGGGGAAUGACUGAUGCAUACUACAUAUUUAUCGUUGACUUGGUACACACAACCCCUGCAGACUUCAGCACAAAACACAUUUAUUGUUUGUUUUCUAAACGUCCACCUGAGCAUAUCCAGCCUGAUCUCACGUGAAAACGUAAGUAUUUUACGUGGUGGCAAAUUCCUAGGAAUUAAAUCGUAUAAAUGCGUACAAUUAUUAGGAAAAGCAUUAAUUAAGCCCCACCCUUAAAGCAGAUUGCACAAUUGAGACUGUACGAAUACGUGCAAAUUUGCCAUCUUGUAAAAUAGUUAGAAACUGCCAUUAGAUUGUGUUGGCAUAUCUAACGUUGGAAAGAAGACAUAAUAAAUCCUUCAGCAGCCACAUCGUGUCAGGCUUAAAAAUCGAAAAAAUAUCUUGACUUGGUUUGUGGUAUCUCAAUAACUCAGUUUGAUUUACCAGAAGUUUUUGUUGGUGGCUUGGCGUUAGGAUUGUGUUACGGUGUACCGUUUGUGUAAGAUAAAUUUGCUAACCCAGAUCUCGAGGCGGAGUUGCGAAGAAUGUGAACUUGUGUUUUAAAAACAGUGAAAGAAGUAUGUGUUCCUCUUAUUGCUGCUCAAAAGCCCACCGACUGGGUCGAAGUUUGAGGUCAGACUCGCCCAGUGCAUUUGCCAUGAACAUCAUUAGAAUUAGACCAAUAUCUUAUCAGUAUUCACGCCUGUUCAGGUACAACAUGUUGUGAAAUAAUUACACCACCGCCAGAAAUUCCCAGAAAUAUUCCUCAUGUUAUUCAUAUUUAAAAGACAGUUGAUGACUUAAAAAUAAAUUUAUUAUUAUUUUUGUUGCAUUAUUUAUAUAUAUAAAUAUACAAAAUGUAUGUAUCCAACUUAGUUUGUUAUGUUUUAUGUUGAAAAAAGUUGCAGUUGUGUUGCGCAACGGGGCUGGCCUGUUUAACCAUUCGAAUCAGGGACCCCCAAGCACCAACCAAUCACAGGAGAAGCUGUGUGGAUAUUGGGCGGAGUCAGGAAUCGAAUUCCAUCCCCACAUGCCUGUUUCCCGCCCAUAUUAUCCAAUUAGCCCCUUGUCCAAUAAAAAUCCUGCUAUACCCAAGACCUUCCUGUCAGCAUAAUUUCUAAUCUACAAAUAAAGACUCUUGUAUAUAUGAAACUGUUUUGUAUAAAUAAUUACUAUUUUCGACAUCUCCAUUAGCAACCAGGGCACAAUUAUAGGUCUGGUUAAAGGUAUAAAUGUAAGGGGAAUAAAAAGAAGAAAAAAACUCACAAAAAUACUUUACACCUUGAUUUUUGAAUGGGGCACAUGAACACAGACCUGAAGAUGUCUCGUGUUAGAUUUGAUUUUUUUCCCUUUUUAUAAUUUGUCCUGUUUUUAUUCAUUUAUGUUGUUGGUUUUUUGGUUUGUUUUUACUUUUUGUUUCGUUUCUACCUUUUGGUUAACUUGAAGAAAAAUGGCAUUGCAUGCUCUGAAUAUUUUGCUGGUUAUUAAAAGAAAACGAUAAAGGAGACAAAUGACUAAAGGGGAAAAAAAGUUUAAAAAUUGUGGAGGGGAUUCCUAAACUUUUAUGAAAAAGUUGCUUCAAUUUGCAAUUGCUUGUGUUUAAAUAUACAGUUUUUUUCUAUGAAAACUACGAAAAACAGAAAAAGAGUACUCCAACACCUUGUGCAAUAAAGCUAUCUUUCUAUGAA